GCUGAGAGAUGGCGGGGGCAGGGGAAUUCGGCCAUAUCCGAAAGGCAUCCAUCCAUCCCAGGCAGGCACACGCACACGCAUCGCCCAUCCAUCCACUCAGCAUCAUCUCCCCCGGCGCCGACGUCGGUUUCUUUCCGGGAUUCCUCCAUGGCCAGGGCCAGGCCAGGCCAGCGAGAAUAAUAAUCUAUCCCCCCAUCCCAUUCCCCCUGCCCCAGAGAUGAGAGAAUCCACCUCGGCUGGCCGGCCGGCCGGCCAUCCCCCGCGCUCCCGCCCGCCCUUAAAUAUGAUCCCUGCCCCCCGUCUCCUGCCACCGUGGAGCUCCACAACCCAAACCCCUCUCUCCAUCAUCGUUAUCAUCUCCCCCUCUCUCCUUUGCUAGCUUGCUGCACACCUUCAGAGCUAGCUUCAUUAAUUAGCUGCAGUUCAAAGGCGCCGUCCAUUCUAGCUCGGCCGGUGUUCUUGCCUUGGCAUGCAUAGCCAGUUGGUCUGCGGCGGCUGCAAGCGUCUUCUCCAGUACCGCAGGGGAGCCACCGGCGUCUGCUGCCCAACCUGCAACACUUUCACAGCCGCCAACCCAUCAGGACCGGAGAUGUCUGAACUCGUCUGUGGCGGCUGCUUCACCAUGCUGGUGCACUCCCGCAGCGCCACCAACAUACGCUGCCCUCACUGUAGUAGGCUCAACUCCACAAGAUCAGCAGGAAACCAAAUGGGUCACCUGUCAUGCGGGCAAUGCCGGACAACUCUGGCAUACCCACCGGGAGCGACGACAGUCGGGUGCCCAACAUGCCGCAACAUUAAUCCAGUCAGGGAUGCUCGGCCCCAGACGGUUCUGGUGGAGAAUCCUAAGACACUGGAUGAAAAGGGCAAACUGGUGAGCAAUGUCGCCGUUGGUGUCACCUCAUGGAAAAGAUGACCAAGAACUCCUUCCGGAAAUCGUCCCAGGGGUUGCCUAUAGACUAAACCCUUCGUGGACAUGUAUAACUACUAUCAUCGUCAACAACAACAACAACAGCAGCUAAUGUAAAAUCAAGUGUGUUUUGAAGCUUGAUGUCAUAUAUAUAUAAGUAAACAAGUAACUGUUGAGCAGCAAAAGAUCUGAAAAAUGUAAAUACGCUAGCCAGCCGUGUGCGUGCGCUAGCCUGCUGUGUACUUUGAGAGCCGAAAAGGAAUGGAAAGGAGCGAAGCAAGCAUCGUGUCCUGGAAUUUUUAUUCUUGCCCUA